CCUAAGUCCUUAUCGGGCUCGGCUAGGUGGGUAGGUAAAAGGUGGGCUUUUCCACUUGACGCCAUUCACUUCAUGCUUUCCGCCUCGAUUGACUCGGCCCUCAUGGCCACACGAUUGAAGCCAUGCGAUGUCCUUUGCAAAAGGUGAUCACACCUACUUUCCGAGGAAUACACACCAGAGCCCUCACUCCCCGGCCGUUACGACAAUUCCACCAGACAACCGUCGCAUAUCUGCCUCGGAAACGAGACUUCUUCACCUCAAACCAACUUCUAAAGGCAGAUGAAAGAGCUAACAGCUCUGACAUUUUAGAAGAAUCUUCGAGAGGCACGGAGACAUCGAGAAAUGUUCAGACUGCCCCGUUGAAAAGAAAACCUGUGCGAGCAUCUGCAGCCAAGAGUCUUCGACUAGGCUCUGCGACGAAACCUUCGAAGGGCACUAACACUUCGAGAAAAUCCGCUACCCUGGAGAUUACAGAUCACGAUGAUACCGACUCGAGUCGAUCCAUCCGCGCAAUAUGCGUUGCCCAGUCCUUUAAUAUGACACAGGUGCAGGAGAUUCUCAGCUUUCAUGGCUUCGAGCUAGAUCCGGAUGGCAUCGAGUUCGACACCCAAGCUGUCGUCCAUGCGAGGGGCGUAAAUAAUGGCGAUAUCUUUGUCUUUCCUUCAGGAACCGUGGUGACGUGGUCCAUGCCAGAAGACAUACUGAUCAAGCUUGCAUCAAAACACUUGAUCCGAGCCGCGAGCUUCCCACAUCUGAAUCGUGCGGAACUGGAGAUGCUCGAGUUUACCGCGGAUGACACUCGAGACACAAGUUAUAUGAGAGGCGAAGUUGUCAUACUUGGCACAAGAGUUCAAGACACGCUGAACAAUAGAGUAGAUACUACUCUGGCCAAGGUUGCUUUCUCAAGUGGGCUGGCAAGAAGCCCGAAACUAGCAGUGCUAGAGACUGAUCUCGAGUCCCUUCUUCAAGAAUCGAAAGCGACAUUGAAUGUGCUUGCAGCAGGGUCACAAAGCAAGCUGAAGCGAUCAUCUAUCAUAAAGAUGACGGGUCAACUACUGAGCCUACGGUCACAACUGAACCACUAUUCUGAUAUCACAGAAGAGCUUCCAGACAUGUUUUGGGAGUCAGAGUCUAAACUCGAAGAGUACUACAACCAGAUUGGUGCUGCGCUAUCUGUUCGCCGGCGGAUCGAGAUUCUCAACAAGAGAAUUGAUUACGCAAAUGAAAACGUGAGCGUUCUCCGGGAGAUGAUUAGCGAGAAAUAUGGCCAUAGGCUAGAGUGGAUCAUCAUUGCGUUGAUCACGGUUGAGGUUAUGUUUGAGCUUAGGAGAGUAUAUCGUGAAGACAUAAGUGAAGCCUAGGCAGCCCUAGCACGUGUACUUUAUCCUGUUACCACUGAUAUUCAAUUCCAUUUAUCAAUCUUCGUAGCCUUUGUCAGGUCUAAGUCUACGCCUAUUAAAUACUUAGCAAGCUUCG